AUGAGAGGCAAGAGGUCCAGGCCCGGUGCCGCGAAUACGGCGAAGAGCUCCGGCAUGAUCCCAAAGACGGCGCAGCGGUCACACUUUGGAGCAAAUACAGUGCGUACUGGCUCGCACGUGUUCGAGAUCUCAGGGUACAGCAUGCACAGAGAUCACGAAGUACGCGGCCUACUAUCUGCGGCCUUCAACAUCGGCGGCCACGACUGGAUGAUUCAAUUCUUCCCUGGAGGAGUCAACGAGCCUUUCAAGGACUACGUGUCCGUGUAUGUCCAUCUACAUAGCAAGAACAAUACCGAAACCAGGGUGAGGGCAUCCUUUCAGCUGAGUCUCGUGGACGUCACCGGAUCCACACCGCCGUAUACGAAGGCAACCACAAAGGAGUUCGGUCCCGGCAGUAACAAGUGUGUCGGCCUUGCCGAGUUCAAGAAAAGGAGCGAGCUGGAGGAGUCGCCUUACCUUCGCGAUGACCGCCUUACCAUCAAGUGCAACGCCUUCAUCACUCUUGUCAAUCACGUGACAUUGCUUGAUGAGGUGCCCCCUUCCGACAUCGCGGAGCAUCUCGGAAAGCUGCUGCAAGAGAAAGAGGGCACCGACGUGGUUUUCGUGGUUGAAGGAAAGGAGUUUCCCGCCCACAAGAUGGUGCUCGCGAUGCGGUCUCUGGUCUUCAAAGCGGAGCUGUAUGGCGGGAUGAGAGAGACGGGCAUGGGUCGUAUCACCAUAGGUGACAUGCAACCCGCCGUAUUUGAGGCGCUGCUACAUUUUAUAUACACCGAUUCGCUGCCCGUAAUGGAUGAUCUUGACCGUGAGAACUACAAAGAAAUCAUCAGGCAUUUGCUCGUCGCCGCUGACCGGUAUGCCAUGGAAAGGCUCAAGAUAAUGUGUGAAAGCAUCCUUUGUAACAACAUUGAUGUGAAGACCAUGGUAACUACGCUGGUUUUGGCUGAGCAACAUGACUGCGCUAGGCUACAUGAUGCUUGCGUUUGGUUUAUUACCUCUUUGAGUAGAAUGGAAAUGGAUGGUGUAAUGGCAAGCCAAGGGUACGCCGAGCUCAAAGCAACAUCUCCCCUCGCUUUGGUUGCAAUGUGGGAGAAAACAUGUAAGGUGGGAAGAGCAUCAAAGUCUUCAGUUCACGCUGGUAGUUUAGGCGUAUAA